CCACCUUUCUAUGCAUAACACACGCACACGCCUUUGUAUAUAUACACAGACACGCACACGAAUCUUUAAGGCUCACAUAUCAAAACUCUAUCUUCUCUGUCAGAUAUUGACGGACGAACCACAAAUCUCGUUUUAGCUUCCAAUUCGCUAUUUUAGUAUUCUUCUUCAACACACACCCGUUUAGUUCGCUCUUUAUGUCUACGACGAUCAAGACACCGGGCUGCAGCUCUGGUUCCGGUAAUCAGCGGCAGCCUAGUCGUUUACAAAAGAGACCUCCGGCGUUAAAGAUAGUUCCUGCCCCGACGAAUAACUGGAAAACGGCUAUACCUCUCCUCUCGCCGUUAGCUCUUUCCCCAGACUCACCGGUCUACCACCAACCGCCGGUUGAGAAUCAGACCAAAGCUGCUGCGGUUGCGGUUGAGAAGACGCCAGUUUUCAAGACGUGGCAGCAUCCUGCAGCGCCGUUUUGUUACGAGCCAUCAUCUACGUUUGUUCCACCGUUCGUACCUGUUUAGUUUUAGAUCCAAAGGUUCAAAAAGUACAGUUUUUUUUUUGUCUUUUGGUCUUGUGUAGAUCUAAUGGCCCACAUUUACGCGAUUUGUUUUUAAACAAACGCGCGUUUUACUAUUUUAUAGUUGGAACAACGCGAUUUGCUUUAAAAAAAAAAAUUAAAGACUAUUAAAUAACAACGCGAUUUGCUUUAAAAAAUAAAAUUAAAGACUAUUAAAUAACAUGUGUCUGUUUACCGGCGUGGUGCAACUCUGCAAAACACAUAGAUCAGUCGGUCGUCAAACACAUCGAAAAGUCUAAUCCGGAUUUUAAUUAUUGUGUAUGCCUAUGCGUAUAAAAGAGUACUACGGCUUCGAAUGUUUACAA